AUGGGUUUGUAUACGAAGCUCGCCGACGAUAUCGAUGAAGUCGACGUCAUCAUCGCCGGAGGUGGCACCGCUGCCUGCGUCGUGGCUGGACGUCUAGCAGAAGCCGACCCAAAUCUCUCUGUCCUCGUCAUCGAAGGAGGUCCAGACAACCGUGGCAUCCAGAACAUCGAGAAUCCAGUCUUCUAUCCUGAUCAUUUGCUACCCACUAGCAAGGCGACCAUCUUUUACAAAGCCAACAAGGCAGAACAACUAGCUGGUCGAGAAUGCAUUGUUCCCUCGGGCGGCGUGCUCGGAGGAGGCUCGUCGAUCAAUUUCCUCAUGUACACUCGUGCUCAGCGGUCCGACUUUGACUCGUGGAACACACCUGGAUGGUCUGGAGAUGAGAUGCUCCCGUUCUUGAAGAAGUUCGAGACAUACCACGGCAAAGGCAACCCAGAGCUUCACGGGUUCAACGGCCCAAUCCAUGUCAGCGACGGCCCUUUUCGCAAUACCAAAGUCGAAGACGACGUCCUCAAGGCUGCAGCAGCCGUCGGAUGGCCCGAGAUCAAGGACCUACAGGAUCUCGACAGCAACAACGGUUUCGAGCGCUGGCUUCGUUACAUUUCACCCGACGGGAAGAGACAAGACACUGCACGGAAGUAUCUACACGACAAGCUCGAAGGGGACAAGUACCCAAACCUUCACAUCCUUGUCGAGUCCAAGGUUAUCCGCGUGCUUCUUGAUGACGACAAACGGGCUGUUGGUGUUGAAUAUACCCCCAAUCCUGCGUUCCAACUCCAACUUCCUGCCAGCCAACAUCCAAAGCGCACCGUCAAGGCUCGUAAGCUCGUGGUUGUUUCCUGUGGUGCCUGUGGCACGCCAUCCGUCCUCGAAAGAUCGGGUGUUGGUUCCCCCAAGAUCCUCAAGAGAGCGGGUGUCCCUGUUCUUGUCGAUCUCCCUGGUGUGGGCCACGAAUAUGAGGAUCACAACAUCAUUCUCUACCCAUACAGGACAGGACUUGAGCCCCACGAGACUGCUGACUGGAUCUUCAGAGACUCGGAACACCGCCAAGCACUGGUUGACUCGAAGCAUCCACAAAUUGGCUGGAACACUGUCGAACUCUCAUCCAAGCUUCGACCUACUGAAGCCCAGGUUGAUGAGCUUGGUCCCGAGUUCCGAGCUGCGUGGGAUAAAGACUUCAAGGAUAUUCCGAACCGUCCAUUGAUGCUCACAGCUGUCAUUUCCGCUUUCUAUGGCGACCUUGCAACUGUCCCAAUGGGACAAUACAUGACCAUCGCCAACUACACCGCGUACCCCUACUCUCGAGGGCACCUUCACAUCACCGGACCUGACAUCACUGAUCCACUUGACUUUAACGUGGGAUUCCUCACAGACAAGGGCGACAUUGAUCUCAAGAAGCAAUUGUGGGCUUACAAAAGAUCCCGUGAGAUCAUGCGACGAACGGAACUGUAUCGUGGUGAGAUUCCCGCCGGCCAUCCAAACUUCCCCCCUGGCUCCAAGGCGGCUUGUGUCGAUCUCAGCGGGAGAUUGGAAAAUGUCAAGGAUGUAGAGUACUCUGCAGAAGAUGACAAGGCCAUCGAGCAGUUCAUCCGCGAGCGAGUUGAAACAACAUGGCACUCGAUCGGCACAGCCAAGAUGGCCCCUCGUGAGAAAUUUGGUGUCGUGGACAAAGACCUGAACGUCUGGGGAACAAAGGGUCUCAAGCUUGCUGAUUUGAGCAUUCCGCCGAUGAAUGUCGGGGCGAACACGAACAACACGGCCAUUGUGAUUGGCGAGAAGGCUGCGGAUAUCAUCAUCAAGGAGCUAGGGCUUGACAGCAAGGGAGCAAAAUUGUAG